CGUUAAUAGCUGUCUAGUUACUUUUAAGCGAUGCCGAUUGACAUUUCAAAAAUAAUAAGUAAAUUAUAGAUUACAAAUGAAUAUUUAUACAGAUUUCUGUUGUCUGUCAUGCCUAGAUCAAUAAUAUACCGGGAACCAGGAAAGUUUAUUUACGUCUCAUAUGGUCUCAACCUACAAAGGGCAUAUAAAUAUGAAGAAAGCCGCCCCAUCAGUUGUACCAAAAGGAAGAGGAUGUCUAAGUGGUUAUCGUUUGGACUUCGUCAGACCGAAUAAAAAUUGGAAAGGGGCGCUGGCAACAAUCGUACCCCAUAAGGGUCAUAGCAUUAUGGGUGCUAUUUGGGAGGUGAACAAUAAUGAGAUCAGUUUAUAUAAGUACAACGGAAUUUUGUCGAACUACUUCUAUCCCAAAGCAGUGUACCUCCGCCAUCUUGAGAUUGAUAAAAUAAUCAAUUGCCUCGUAUUCAUUCAAAGUACCACAGUCACAUCUUACAUCAAACAUGCCAGCCUUCCACCAGAAAAACAGCCCUCGGAAUUCUAUUUAUAGGAGUCGAUAAAAGGUGCCAGGGAAACCGGACUCCCAAUACUUGUACAGCAAUUACAGACUGUGAAGACGAACGGAAAAGAUUAUGAUGAUUUUUUGGACUGAACUAAACAAUGUUCCGAUAUCAUGUACAAAUGACACUUAUUAUAUCAAUAUUUCGGAACGCCGAAUACGUUGUAGAGGAAUAUCCAACUAAAAUGAAAUACCCAAAAUAUAUACUGAAGCAACUUCGAGGGCAAAACAUAAAUACAAGUAAACAAGUGAUACAAAGCUUGAUUCGUCAACUGUCUGAAGAAGCUGGUUCAAUAAUGUGUUGAGGAUCCACGAUUUCUUAUACACUCAUUGACACGUCUGGAC